AUGAGCUCCAUUGCGACAGCAUUCAAAUAUGCCUACAACAAUGGAUCUGGAUCGGAUCUAGCUGCAGUGUUCACCCCGAUCGCGCCGCCAGAUGACCCUAACCGACUACGUGCAUUUUACCAGCUUUCCAACGCCGCAUCUGUAUCCCUGGACCUGCCUUACCUUCUGUUUCAUGGCAAAAGCCCCAAGCUUCCCAAGAGCGAGCAGAACGCCUGGGUGGAGAUAUUCGCUGCCUACUGGGAGGCCGUAGGUGAAGUUCUCAAGUGCGAGGAUCGCAGUCCGGGUGCCAGCGUUAUCACACUUUUCAACGCCUGGAAGAAAUUGGCCAACACAGUUAUCAGAGGUUACUCGGGAUCUGGAAGUCUUCCUGCUUGGACGAUCCCAUGUCUCUACAAAGUUGGAAAGUACCUGCGCAUCUUUGCGAUCAACGCCGAUGUUGAAGCAGCAUCGCAAGGAACGGCCGUACUUGGAUUCCAAGAGGAAAUCUCACCUGAGGUGGACAAGAAUGCCAACUUGGAAGAAGCUGCUCGGGUUAUCAACCGGAUGUUUACUCUUUGCCUGAGUGACAGAGCCGCCAUUGAAGAGUCGCGCAAGUGGGGUAUCUACAACAUGACCAACCUUCUCUUCAAGAUCUACUUCAAGAUCAAUUCCGUCGGCCUCACCAAGAACAUUCUCCGCGCCAUUCAGGCCUCAGCGGCCGACCUGCCCUCGCCUGAUGCCUUCCCCAAGUCUCACAUUGUCACUUUCAAGUAUUACGUUGGUGUCAUCCACUUUUUGGAGGAGAACUACGCAGAGGCAGAGGAACAUCUGACAUGGGCUUGGAAAAUGUGUCACCACGGCGCCACCAAGAAUCGAGAGCUGAUUCUCACCUACCUUAUCCCAUGCCACCUGGUGACUACCCAUACCCUACCCAGCAAGAACCUUCUCACGCAGUUCCCACGCCUCGAGGGAAUUUUCCGACCUCUUUCAAACUGCAUUCGCAAAGGCGAUUUGACUGGCUUUGACCAGGCCAUGGCAGCCGGCGAGGAGGAGUUAGUUAAAAGGCGCAUUUACCUGCCCUUGGAACGUGGCCGUGAUAUUGCCUUGCGCAAUCUGUUCCGCAAGGUCUUCUUGGCUGGUGGCUUCGAAGAGCCAAAGGACGGCCAGCCACCAGUUCGGCGGACCCGUGUCCAUGUGAAUGAGUUUGCAGCCGCCCUCCGCAUCGGCACCCCUACUAGCGGCCAAUUCCGGGUUGAUAUCGAUGAGGUGGAGUGCUUGUUGGCCAAUCUCAUAUACAAGGGACUGAUGAAAGGAUACAUUGCGCGUGACCGUGGCAUCAUUGUUUUGAGCAAAGGUGGCAAUGUGUUCCCGGGAACUGGUGUCUAG